CCGCCCGAAAGGAUCACGUCAGGUGUGGCUUUUCGAGCUCAUAAGUUUUCAGUCUAUGCUAGGCUAGAAAUGUAUCAAAAUAAUAGUAAAUCUGUCAAUAAACUCGGUUAAAUGAAAAUGGAAAACCUAUUCGUGUUCAGAAACACCAAUAAUACAAAGGAUGUGCCACGGCAGUUAUAAACAAUGAGUUCCCGAUUUCUUUUAUACCUUUCGCAUCGGUAGAAGCACCAGACACUCAACCACUUCUCCGACUCCUCAAGCACGCAACUACAUCACGCACAGCCAUCACGGCCCAGACAGCAACUCCCACCAUAAAUAUGCCUGAGGUCGAACAGCUCGAGGGCGCCGCCGGGAAGCCCGUGCCCGUCACCGAGGCCCAAGAGUUCCAACACGCUCUCGGAGUGGCACACACAUUCCGCUCUCGAGACAGCGGGAAAGCACUCCUCGCCAUUUUUGUCAACUACGCUGUCAUGGGGACAUGCAUCUUUCUCUCAGAACAAGUCCACGGCACCCAGUUCUCCAGUGCCGCGAAGUGGGCCGCCUAUGCUGCCGCCUGCCUGGUCAUCUCCUCCAGGAUGCGCGCCUUCGAGAACCUCGUCCACGAGGCAUCCCACUUCAACCUCUUCAAGACCCCGUCCAUGCACUACACCCUGCAGUUCCUCUACGCCUUCCCCGUCCUCCGGGUUCUGGAGGACUACCGCCGCUCCCACCUCAUCCACCACCAGCACCUCGGCGACGCCGCCAAGGACCCCGACCUCAUCCGCAUCUACGAGCUCGGACUCGACAACGUCACCGAGGACCCGGUCUACUACCUGUUCGCCAUGCCCUUCUCGGGGUACAUCCACUGGGAGUAUCUGACCACCACCUUUGUCGACUUCUGGACCUCGCGGGCCGCCUGGCCCAGCAAGGCAGUCUUCUGGGGGGCGGUUCUGGCUGGCUCGUACUUCAACGAGACCAUGGCCUCGCGCAUGGCUCUGUACUACGCGGUGCCUUUCUUCUUGGUCCUGCCCGUCUUCCGCUACUGGGCCGAGAUGUCGGAGCACUUGGGCAUGGACAUGACGGGCAAAUUUGGAAACUCGCGGUCCAACCUUGGAUUCACGCACAGGUGGUUCAUUCACCCCCACAACGACGGCUUCCACGCCGUGCACCAUCUCCACGCGCAGGUCCCGUUCCAUCAGCUCCCCCAGGCCCACGAGGCCCUGAUGAGCCAGAACGAGGCCUUCCGAACCAAGAACGUGCUGUCUACGGGGGUCGUCGAGACCCUCCGGCAAGUGGUGAGCACUAAGAUCGUGACUAAGGGCACCCCUGAGAAGCAAGCACACGGAGGAUCCCCUGCUCAGAAGUCGUGGUUUGCCCCGCUCGAGGCUUGGCGCAAGCUAGUAUCAGUCCGCUCGCAGCGGCAGACUGAGGGCCCCACAGCUACUCCCUACAUGGCUCGUAUGUAACUCGACGCUGGGAAUUGGUAUUAAAACUCCGGAGGGGCUUGUCCCCGCGAAGGCGAUCUGACAGAAUGGACACUGAUAGUGCGGCUUACAUGUUUGAGAGAAGUCGAACGAACCAUGGCUUCUGAACGGGG